ACUGUCAGCAUAUGAGCAUAAAUAAUUAAAAUUUUUAAUUUUAUUUCUUAAUGUAGUUUGUAAUGGCAUUAAAGGCCUUUGUCAUGAGUCCAUCGAGUGGAAACGAGCACUGAAGCACAGUGAGAGGAGUUACCUGUGAACAGGUGUGCUGAGGUGAAACUCGAUCGUGCUGACAGCUCACAGUAAUCUCCUGCUCUCUUCACUGUCAGGAUCUUUACCGGGAGGAAACGAAACAGAGUCUCCUCACCCGAAAGACGCGGUUAUUUAUGGAAAGGCUUUGAGUUCAAACAAACUUGCUCGAGGUUGAUGUCUUGAGUUAUUUGACAGGCUGCAGUGGUUUUCUUCUUGAGCUCUCAGAGAUCAUGGAUUGGGGUUCAGAUCUUUGGGACCAGCAUGACGUGAUCGAGAGACACACUCAGAAUGGACUGGAUCUGCUGGAGCGAUACGUGAAGUUUGUCAAAGACCGAGCCGAGAUCGAGCAGAAUUACGCCAAGCAGCUCAGGAACCUCUCCAAGAAAUAUUCCAGACGAGGCGUCAAAGAAGACCAGGACACAAAGUUGACCAAUCAGCAGCCGUUUCAGGAUGUGCUGAACGAGCUGAACAACUACGCGGCUCAGAGAGAGCAGCUGUCCGAGAUCAUGACGCUGAACAUCUGUGUGGAGCUCAGCAGAACCCUGCAGGAGCUGAGACAGGAGCGCAAGAACCAUCUCUGUGAGGUGAAGAAGGCUCAGCAGAACCUGGAGAGCAGCUACAAACUGCUGGAGACUAGUAAGAAGCGCUUUGAGAAGGAGUGGAGAGAAGCAGAGAAGGCCAAUCAGCAGACCGAGAGAGUCCAGCAGGAGGUCAGCUCCACCAAAGCAGACGUGGAGAAGGCCAAACAGCAUGCUCACUUCCGCGUGCACAUAGCUGACGAGUGUAAGAACGAGUACGCUUCACAGCUGCAGAAAUACAACCAGGAACAGAACAACUUCUACCACUCAGAGAUCCCGUCUGCGUACAAGAAGCUGCAGGAAAUGGAGGAGCGGCGCAUCAGACUGUUAGCUGACGGCUACGUGCAGUUCUCUGAAUCAGAGAAGAACCUCCUGCCCAACAUCAACCAGUGUCUGGACGCCAUCAUCUCCACCGGGAGGAACAUCAAUGAGAAACAGGAGGCUUUGGCUCUCAUAGAGCAGUAUAAAUCGGGCGCAGUGCCUCCUGCUGACGUCGAGUUUCAGGAUUACAGUCAGGGAGUCAGACCUGCUGCAUCUGACAACAACACCACACAACUGCCGAAAGUGCGCAUCAAACAGCUCUUCAACAAGAAACACAAGGUGACGUCUCCGGAUAAAAACAUGCUGUCUUUGCCGGAGGAUCUCUCUCGUCUCCCUCCGGAUCAGAAGAGUCGUCGUCUGCAGGAGAAGAUCGAUGACAUUCAGAAGGAGCUGCAGAGAGAGACGGAGAAGAGCGAUGCGCUGAUGAAGAUGAAGGGUGUUUAUGAGCAGAACUCUCAGCUUGGAGAUCCGUCCAGCCUUCAGCCUCAGAUCACACAGCUGGCUCAUAACAUCGCCAGACUGAGAGGAGAGCUCAGUAAAUACCAGGUUCAGCUCACUGAAGCCGGCGGUGGGACGCUGCAACACAAUCCCACCAGUUCAGAGAACAUCAGCGUGCUGAGCGAGUCCAGCAUGUCUCCGACAGAUAACAUCUAUGAGUGUGAGUUUGAUGAGGACUUUGACGUAGACGUGCCCAUCGGUCAGUGCACAGCACUCUAUGACUUCGAUGGCAGCAGCGAGGGCGCCGUGUCCAUGCGUGUGGGCGAGCAGCUGAGUCUGAUGCAGGAGGAUCAGGGCGACGGCUGGGUCAGAGUUCAGAGGGCCGGUGGAGACGUGGGAUACGUGCCGGCCUCCUACAUCCAGAUCAUCUAGAAAACAUCUGAUCGUGUGUUUCUCAGGAGUGUGAGCUGUGCUCAUCUGACUCCAUCAGCUCUGGUGUUCUUAUGUCAUGGGGAGUGAUUUACUUUUAUGCUACACUUUUUGAGUUCUUUCUAUUCUAUCAGUAUGCAUUAUGCCGCUUCUGGUGAUUUUCUGCACAUAUGUUGUUUUAAAAUGGAUUUUCCGCUCUCUUUUUUUACUGUUGUGAUUAUUGCAUGUAGAAGCCUUUGUAUGGCAUCGUUGUAACUUCAUGAAGCAUAAAUACAGUUAAGUGUGUCCAACU